AUGGAUUCGCGAACGGCAAUUUCGAUGGAUAAUACUGAAAGUAACAGUCAUUUAUUCCUUUCCGAUGAGAAGAAGGGAGUUAGCCAUAAUUUUAGCUCCCCCGAUUACUACCACAGCAGGAGGGAGGACAAAUUUAAGUUCACGCCGGGUCACAACUACGCGCACACGUACGGUCGAACCCACGAUCACAUCUGCCAUGGUAGUUACAGCCAUGGUUACGAUUAUAACCGCAGCCUUAGCCACACCCACAAGCACGACGUUUCACCCCCUCCCGGCGGCUUCGAUUUGAAGAGCGGGAAAAACAGGUUCGACUGUUUUGCAGCCCCCAAAAGUUACAAUCACAUUGUUGUUAAUGGAGAAAAUGCAAAGCUUUGUGGCAACGUCGAGACGUUAUUAGAUGUGGAACCCUGUGAAGACGACCCGAGAAGGGGAGGACCCGAAAUUUUUCCGAAGCCGCAUGGCACCAUUUUACAUAGCGCAGAUCAUGAUUCCCACGUAGCUACGCACCAUCAUAUAUGCCACAAUGGGGGGUACACAGAGAACGUGGGGACGUUACACCGUAGUAAUCGAGAAGAGCUCUCCGAAAGGGUAGGUCACACUGCACUGAGACAGCUGGACGAACCAGUCGAGAAGGAACAAAUCUUCCAAAGAACAACUAUUGCCCACAAAACGCAUGACCUGAGUAGCAACGGACCCAUUUACACGAAGGAAUACAAAUCGAACAAUGAAAAAGUGAGACAAAAUAAUAUGAACAGCCAAAUUGUUAGGGACAUGAGAAGAAGCAAAUCAAAUAAUAGCUUCAGAAGCAUAGUCAUCACGAAUGUCUUUUUGGGAAACAUUCCACCGAACAUAACAGAGGAGAGGAUAAAAAAUGUGUUGGAAGUUUUUGGCUACAUAAUCCACAUUGAGUACAAGUGGUGCAUCGAUAAAUGGUCCUAUGCAUUUAUCUACUUCGUUGACGAGACCUGUGCAAUAAAUGCUGUAAACAUUUUGAACCAGAAGAGAUUUUUCGACAACUGUCCCAACCAUAGAUUGAUAUGCUUUAUCGUUUCGAAGCAGAUUCCCAACCAGAACACGCUUCACUACAGCAAGGCCAAUUUUUCCCUCUUGAAGGACGGUCCACCGGGCGCAAAUCUGUUUCUGUACGGAAUCCCCCUCAAGUGGACCGAACUGAACCUGAUCCAAUUGGUUAACAAGUACGGCCACGUCGUGGGCCUCAGAAUCCCAUACAUAAACAACGACCAUGAUAAGAAGCAGGGGAAUAGAGGCUUUGGUUUUGUGUCAUACGACAAUAAGAAGUCCGCCAUUGAGGCGUUUGAGGAGUUGUCGAAAAUGCACAUCCACGGGAAGUUGCUGAAGGUGCAACUAAAAAAUGGCGAGGAGCAUUUGUUGCCGCCCAAGCUGAAGAGCAUAUACAGCGCCAGUGUGGAGGGCAACCCGAACGGGAGCAUGAACACUAACUCAGACGUCACCCCAAAUGUGAACAUGAACAGUAACUCAGACGUCCACUUCAAUGGGAAUGUGAACACCAAUGAAAACGUCCAGGCGAACCAAAACAAUGUGAAGGACCCGAACAACACCAAAACGGCGCAGAGUCUGGUGAGCACCGCCGACACGCUGAAAACGCUAAACUCCCUCAAUUAUACAGAUGCACCGAAGAAGUCCAGAAGUAACUUCCCUAGCAGUAGCAGCAGUGCCAACUGUAGUGGCAGCAAUCAGGGCGCCAACUUCCUGACCGCAAACAACAGGAUAGCCGAACUCGUGUGUAACGGCACCGACAACCACAUGCAACACAUCUCUACACCGGAACAGAACUCCCCACGGAAGUUGCUACAAAAUGACGCAGGUAGCAACACCAUGCCAUUGAGUAGCUCACACGGAAAGUUGGUAAAACAUUUUUCAGACAACUAUUACAAUAAAUAUAACACGACAGGGAAGAGAUUGAAUAAUUACAUGCACAGCUUUAAGCAUUCCAGAAGCCUAGGAAACAAUGCGAUUCUUCCUCCUACGUACCCAGUGGAACCACGGAGCGCUUUAAAUAAGACGAGCGAAGUAGGGGAUGUGUUUGGAACCACCGGUGCAAGUAGCAACACCCAUUUGUGUUAUACUCAAAAGGGCGAAAGUGGGAGCUCUUUUGGGGGUGCACUUGGAACCGUCACAGGAUGCCUUAUUAGCGAUGAAAAUGGAAGCGACCCUGAAAGUGGAAGUCCCAUCGAUUACACAGGAAUGAGUAAAUACCCCCAUAACGUGGAAGAUGCAGCACUGAAAAUGAAUCCAAAGAAAGAAACUACAACGUAUGACUAUGCAGAUGAUCGUUUUGACCGCCUCCUGAAUGAACGCGUUGAUAAUACGAACAAUAGGGGGACGGACAGAGGGGAACUUUAUUCCUGGGACAUGAGGAGAACGUUUCAUAUACCGGCCGAACCAAAGGACAGAGGAAUAAACAGUAAACCGCAUUCUCACCCGAACAAAGUAGAAGGACAUAAGUUUCCAAUGAAUGAGAAUCCUACCGACUCGUACAACUGUGGCCGAUUGGGGGGGAAGGACUCCAAUGCCGACAAAGUGCAGGUAGCCAGAUUGAACCAUCUGAAGAAUAAGAUUUUUGUGCAUCAGGGAAAAAACAUGUUUUGCAAUCCCACUGUGGAGGGAAGAACGAGCGCAAAAAUGUACAGUCAGUUCUUUGCGAAUGGCCCAAAGGAAGAGUGUAGCGUCGACGGCAACUGGAAUGGGAAGUGGGACGGAAACUGGAACGGAAACUGGAACGGAAAAUGGAACUCCAACUGGAACACCUUUGCUUCCCUGGGAGAUUCACUUAGAAGCGCGAAGGGCAAAACUCAGCUGAGCGGCGAAAACGGGAACAUAACUUCCUUUCUAAAUAAUAUCUGGUAUGACAAUGGCCAGAGUGGCUCAAGUGUCCCCUGCAGUCCAAGUGCUUCUUGCAGUGGUGCAAACAACCGUGCUGUUAGUCCUAUUGGGAACGACAAAAGGGGCGUGCGAAACGAAGCCAUGUGUAACGCGGAAGUGGAAGAGGACAAGGGGGAUGUUCAAGUGAAGAGAAUCUCCCAUCUUCUUGCAAAUGGAAACGAUUGGCUGUAUGGGGAAAAGGAACGCGAAGGAGUCAACGGAGGAAGUCAAAAUGACGAGAAUUUUUAUCUUAGUUUUGAUCGGGAGGAUUUGCACGAUACCGUUGUUGACAGUGGUGACAAUACGGGAAGCGGCAACGACAAGUCCAACUACUGCAAAAACAUGCAGCUCUUCUUUUCCUUCCUAAACACAUACGCAAAUAAAAACUCGCUAAACAUCGAAGACCCUAUUAGCAAGGAGAAUAUGAAGCUGUACGAAAUGCUGAACUCAAAGGUUGACAAGCAGUCGGACAAGGACCUUUUGGAAUGCUCCUUUAUGGAACUCCUCUCGAAGAACAAGAGAAGCGAGAUGCAGAUCCCAAAUCAGUUGGAUAAAGAAGAGGUGCAAGACGAAGGUGCGAAAGAGCUCCACAAGUACAACACCAUGUCCUACUUGCAGGAAGACUAUGACCAGAUGCUGCAUUAUGAACCCCCCGAUUUUCUAAGCGCCUGUAACUUCAGUUCUAGCUUUUAUGACCGCAUCGACGCGUAUGCUGCGAAUGAAAAUAACAAGACUGGCAAUGGCCAAGGCAGCGGUAAAAACAGCGGUAACAACAGUGGUAACAACAGUGGCAACGGUGACAAAAGGCUGUACCAGGAAGAAGGGCUCUCAGAGAAAUGCGAUGAACUUUUAGAUCGAUACCUGAGCGACCUGUACGUUUUUAAUGAUUAUGCGGGUGCGAAGAAUUGCAGCAAGGCUAUGUUCAACUUUGAAGCAAGGAACGAUAGGGAGGCGAAUACGUAUGCGAAUGCUAAUGCUAAUGGUGAGAAGAUGUGCUGCAACACGGGGAAUGCCAACCCGGACAGUAAAAGCAGUGCCAACAACAGCAGUAAUAGUAGUAGCACCAGCUGUAGCAGCAAAAUCGUUUCGAGCGUGCAGGAGAUUGCAAGUAAGCGCGUUCCAAUAUACUACGAAGACAGCAACAGGAGUGCGAAUAUCGCCUUCAAGACCAGCAGCGCGGGAAAAGGUUCCUAG